CACGUCUUUAAAUACCAGGACUCAAAAGGUAGAGGUAGGUGGAUCUCGAGGCCAGUAUGGUCUACAUUGCGAGUUCCAAGUCAGUUAAGACUAUAAUUCAACCUUGUCUCAAAAGAAAUCAGAUUGGAUUAAUUUCUAGCAACAACAGCCCCACCGAGUACACAUAAAACAAAACCUUGCCACGUCACAGCCUCCCCGCCUCCAACUCUCAGACUAUGCCCGCCCCCAAUGAUCCGGAACUAAAAGCGUCUCUCCGGCCGGUCUUCGGAGUCACUUCCGGCACUGCAAUGGCGGCACAGGGAGCAACAGCCGCAGUUGCUGCAACAACUUCAGGAACUGUAGGGGAGGGAGAGCCCGGUCCGGGGGAAAAUGCAGCAGUCGAGGGACCUGCCCGGUCCCCGGGCCGAGUCUCUCCGCCGACUCCGGCUCGUGGAGAACCAGAAGUCACCGUGGAGAUCGGAGAAACGUACCUGUGCCGGCGGCCCGAUAGCACCUGGCAUUCAGCAGAAGUGAUCCAGUCUCGAGUGAAUGACCAGGAGGGCCGAGAAGAAUUCUAUGUGCACUAUGUGGGCUUCAACAGGCGACUGGACGAAUGGGUGGACAAGAACCGACUCGCACUGACCAAGACAGUGAAGGACGCCGUGCAGAAGAACUCUGAGAAGUAUCUGAGUGAGCUUGCGGAGCAGCCGGAGCGCAAGAUCACUCGCAACCAAAAGCGAAAGCAUGAUGAGAUCAACCACGUGCAGAAGGUCCUGGCCCCUCCCCUUUCCAGGGCCCAGGAGGUCCCCAGAACAACAACCGUAGCAACUCGCACGUAAAAUUUGGUAGUGUGCCAUGGUAUUUCUCUCGUUUAUUCUUCAUAUAUAAAAAAUUCUCAGCUUAUAGAGAAGACAGGGUUGCUCUCUCACAGCAAGGAAAUGGUACUGUUAGGACUGGAACUCAAACUUGAAGUCCAAAAGGAAGGAAAAGAAACUAAAAUUACUUCAUUUACUUUGUCACCCAGUACCAUGCUGAGUACUAUAAUAUCUCAUGGGGUCCUCCCUGACGGUGUCUCACCACAGGAAGAAUGACCUCUUAUUGUUAUGAGGAAAUAGGCUCAAAGAAGCUGACAUGGGAAAGGUGAAUAGCUGGUUACAAGGAGGGCAGGAGUUAUGCCGACAUCCUUGUCUUGUAAGCCAGAGGAGUAUCAGGGUUAAUCCACAGCAUCCCCUCCUCUCCGCUGUUGCAGAGCAGCCGUGUGCUGAGCAUCUUCGUUUACAAAGGGAGCACAGGUAGGUUUAGAAAUCUUGUUAGGCAGUACAUCGUCCUAGGGACCAGGCCCUAACCACGGUUUUGAUACAUCCUACAAAGGUAUUCAAAAUCAGGAUUCUUUAAAAAAACAAAACAAAAUAUGUGUAUGUAUAUGUGCAUAUAUCUAUAUAUUUCAGAAUAUUUAGUAUAUGCGUAUGUUUGUGUGCUUAUAUGUGUGUAUACAUGAUAUGUGGGAGGAGGGGGUAUGUGUGCCAUGGUUUGAGAAUGUGGAGACCAUAAAGCAACUGUGUAGGAUCCAGGGAUCAAGCUCAGGGCCCUAGGAUUACAUGGCAAGCCCCAGUAGCCACCGAGCCAUGACAGUAACCCUUUUUGUUUUUGUGAGACUGUCUCAUGUAAUCAGGCUAAUCUCAAACUUCCUGCAUAGCCAAGGCUGGUCUUGAACCCCUCAUCCUCCUGUGCCUACUUCCCAAGUGUAAUCAAGGGUUACAGGAGUCAACAAGCCUGACUAUCUGGUCCAUUGAGACUGUAGCCCAGGAUGGCCCUGAGCUCUCUUCAAGCCAGACUGUUCCUGGGAACUGUUUCUCCCACUCUGAACCUUCAUUUCUUUUCUUCUUCUGCCCCUCCUUCCCUCCCUUUCUCCUUCUUUCUGUUUUGGAAGCUUGACAGAUUUAUUAGAGUUUAAAAGAAAAACCCCAAGGCAGGUGGGCUGUCAAGUUUAGGGAAAGACUCAUGCUGUUUAAAAUGGCACGGAGGUGGCCACUGUCAGGGAGUAAAGUUUUAGAGAAAGGAGUAAGGAAUCCCAAAAUGUCCAGAAGAGGUAAGGAAAAUGUGCUCAGAGAAGAGAUAGACGAGAGAAAGGAAUGAUUGGGAAAAGGGAGCAGACUCAUGCUCCUACACUGAUUUCCAGGCUGAGAGGCUGCAGCAGUCAUGAGGCGCGGCCGCAGAGUCGUUCGCUUCCUUGCAAGCUCUUAGCAAACAGUGCAGCAAUUUUUUUCUCUCUGAACACUGUUGCCAGGCUGGAAAUUUGUUUUGGUGUGGUAUGUACAACAUUUACAUUUUGUAAAAGCUUUUUAGAUUUACAUGUAUGAGUGUUGCCUGCAUGUUUGCCUGUGUAUCCAGUGCUCACAGAGUUCAGAAGAGGGUAUUUGAUUCCCUGAGAUUGGAGUUAAAAAUGGCUGUGGCCACCAUGGGGCCCGUGGGUGCUGGGAACCGAGCUGAGAUCUUUCACAAAAGCAGCAAAUACUUCUAACCUCUCAACUGUUUCUCCAUC